GACAGCUGUUUCCUUUGUGUUUAUAGACUUCCCGAAAGUGUUUCAUUGGAAAGAAUGCUGUGGAAGGAACAUAUGUCAGUCUCCUCCAUAAAUUUGCUCUUAUAGAAGAAUACCCAAAGGUGUGCUGUCCUUAAAAAUCACACACGCAGAAAAAUAAUACAGUACCAACUUUAUGUCCAAAAAACGCCGAUUUCAGGAUCAUGACAUUAAUCCAUGUUUAGUGGAAACCGAUGCUUCUAGAAAGUGUUUGGAAGAGAAUCAAUCCAAUAAGAAUAUGUGUUCAGUCUAUUUUUUAAAGUACAAAAAUUGCCGAAAAUUUUGGCAUGGGAUUAUGAUUCAGAGAAGACAAGAUGGAAUAAAACCAUAUAUGCCUACAGCAGAAGAGAGAGAGAGAAUCCUGGCUUCAUUGGGAGGGGCACCAUAUUAACCAUACAGUUUUAUUAAUAUAAGAUGUACAAUGGUUUUACUGUAACAAUGUGCUUUAUUUUAUUUGGGAAAAAAGCUGUUCCUCGAUAGUUGUGUUGCCACUAUCCUUGUACUGUAUUUGUUUACAAAAACUAACCAAAGAGGAACCCUGAAACUUUGAAUGUCUAAAGAGUGAAAUGCAUUGUUCUGUGGGAAAAACUUCCAGAAAUAAAUGCAGUUUUUAAUGAGGGU